AUGCGGCAGAGAAUACCAAACUUGAAAUUCCUAGGCAAGUGCAUCGAAGUCCGUGCUAUGUGUCAAUUGUUACUUUUGUACAGAAACGACAAAGAAGAGUCGACCAGGGCUGGCCUGAACAAAAACCACGAGAAUUUGCAAAGUUUCAAUAAAGAGAGCUUCAAUCUCACCCAUGCAAUGAACUACAUUGCCUAUCGACAAGACUUUCACAUCGUCGUUCCUUCCAGUACGGACGCCUCCCAGUUCGCGGCGAUCUUGUCCCGGGCGCCAGAGGACGUCCCAUCGACACCUAGGGCCGGACCAUCUCGGCUCCCAACCAUCCCAGAAAUGUCGUGUAGCCGACGGCAAACAGUGAGUGUCGUGACAUCUCAAAGGACGGUUGAAGGACGCGCACGAUGUCGCGUCGUCCCUCUUGAUGACAAGACCAUGGAAAUGCCGAACGGACUAUCUCGGGAUGUCCAGGAUUAUAUGACAAUAAUGCCGCGAACCAUCAGCGCGAUUGUAACAUGUAUUUUUCUGUUCCACCCUACGCGCCACCGAUCUCUUAUGGCAAGAAAAUGCGCUACCCCCCUAUCAGCGUGGGAGACAUUGGGUUUUUCGACAGCGACGGUGGAUUCGACACGCAAUUUAACGCCCUGGACGACGCCAAGAAUAAAGAGGCCGAUUACAAAACUCUUGAAGGCUUUGUUGACUUCAUACAGCUUCUGA